CGGCGUGCGCGGGGGGCGGAGCUACCGCUGCGCGCGGGCGCGGGGGCGGGGCGCGGCGCUCGCGGCUGCUGCUGCCUAGGAGGGAGGCCGGGCAGGCGGCGGAGCGGCGAGGCUCUGCGCCUCGAGUGGCCCGGGCUCCUGCGGCUGACUGACCCGGCGUGGCCGGACGGACGAACGGGCAAGCCGCGGAAGCGAAGGCUGGGAGCCGCGCCGGGCGACGUAGAGAGAGAACAGGUCAGGCUCAGCGGCGGCCACUCUGUGCGCUGAAUGAAGUGCCCGCCCCGCUGAGCCCCGAGCCCGGCGCUUUCCCCGCAAGAUGGACGGUUUCGCCGGCAGCCUCGAUGAUAGCAUUUCUGCUGCAAGUACUUCUGAUGUUCAAGAUCGCCUAUCAGCUCUUGAGUUACGAGUUCAACAGCAAGAAGAUGAAAUCACUGUGCUAAAGGCAGCUUUGGCAGAUGUUUUGAGGCGUCUUGCUAUCUCUGAAGAUCAUGUGGCCUCGGUGAAAAAAUCAGUCCCAACUAAAGGACAGCCAAGCCUUCGAGAAGCUAUUUCUAUGUCCUGUAUCACCAAUGGAAGUGGUGCAAACAGAAAACCAGCUCACACCAGUUCAGUCUCAAUUGCAAGAAAGGAAACUCUAUCGUCUGCUGCUAAAAGUGGUACAGAAAAAAAGAAAGAAAAACCACAAGGACAGAGAGAAAAAAAAGAGGAAUCUCAUUCUAAUGAUCACAGUCCACAAACUCGAGCAUCACCUUCUCCCCAGCCCUCUUCACAACCUCUCCAAAUACACAGACAAACUCCAGAAAGCAAGAAUUCUGCUCCCACUAAAAGCAUAAAACGACUACCAACUGCUGAAAAGUUACAUAAUUCGUGGGAAAAUUCAGAUGAUAGUCGUAAUAAAUUAUUGAAAACACCUUCAACAUCAAAAUUAUUAUCAAAAGUUACAAAAAAUACAGACAAGCAUAAAGAUGUCCUCAUCAACCAAGCAAAAAUGUCAACCCGUGAAAAAAACAGCCAAGAAGGAGAUUAUAUUAAAAUGUUUAUGAGAGGUCGGCCAAUUACAAUGUUCAUUCCUUCUGAUGUUGACAACUAUGAUGACAUCAGAACAGAACUGCCACCCGAGAAGCUCAAACUGGAGUGGGUAUACGGUUAUCGAGGAAAGGACUGCCGAGCUAAUGUUUACCUUCUUCCUACGGGGGAGAUCGUCUAUUUCAUUGCAUCAGUAGUAGUACUAUUUAAUUACGAGGAGAGAACGCAGCGACACUACUUGGGUCAUACAGACUGUGUGAAAUGCCUUGCUAUACAUCCUGACAAAAUUAGGAUCGCAACUGGACAGAUAGCUGGAGUGGAUAAAGAUGGAAGGCCUCUGCAGCCCCAUGUCAGAGUGUGGGAUUCUGUUAGUCUUUCCACACAGCAAAUUAUUGGACUUGGAACUUUUGAGCGCGGAGUAGGGUGCCUGGAUUUCUCAAAAGCAGACUCAGGUGUUCAUUUAUGUGUUAUUGAUGAUUCCAAUGAGCAUAUGCUUACUGUGUGGGACUGGCAGAAAAAAUCAAAAGCAGCAGAAAUAAAGACAACCAAUGAGGUUGUUUUGGCUGUGGAGUUCCACCCAACAGAUGCCAAUACCAUAAUAACAUGCGGUAAAUCUCAUGUUUUUUUCUGGACUUGGAGUGGCAAUUCUCUAACAAGAAAACAGGGAAUUUUUGGGAAGUAUGAAAAACCAAAAUUUGUGCAGUGUUUAGCAUUCUUGGGGAAUGGAGAUGUCCUUACUGGAGACUCAGGUGGAGGCAUCCUUAUAUGGAGCAAAACUACUGUAGAGCCCACACCUGGGAAGGGACCCAAAGGUAUAUAUCAAAUCAGCAAACAAAUUAAAGCCCAUGAUGGCAGUGUAUUCACACUUUGUCAGCUGAGAAAUGGACUCUUAUUAACUGGAGGAGGAAAAGACCGAAAAAUAAUUCUGUGGGAUCAUGAUCUGAAUCCUGAAAGAGAAAUAGAGGUUCCUGAUCAGUAUGGCACAAUCAGAGCUGUAGCUGAAGGAAAAGCAGAUCAAUUUUUAGUAGGCACAUCACGAAACUUUAUUUUACGAGGAACAUUUAACGAAGGCUUCCAAAUAGAAGUACAGGGGCACACAGAUGAACUCUGGGGUCUUGCCACACAUCCUUUCAAAGACUUACUCUUGACAUGUGCUCAGGACAGGCAGGUGUGCAUGUGGCACUCGGUGGAGCACAGGCUGGAGUGGACCAGACUCCUGGACGAACCCGGACACUGUGCAGGUUUCCAUCCAAGUGGCACAGUGGUGGCCAUCGGAACGCACUCAGGCAGGUGGUUUGUUCUGGAUGCAGAAACGAGAGAUCUAGUUUCUAUCCACACUGACGGGAAUGAACAGCUCUCUGUGAUGCGCUACUCAGUGGAUGGUACUUUCCUGGCUGUAGGAUCUCAUGACAACUUUAUUUACCUCUAUGUAGUCUCAGAAAAUGGAAGAAAAUAUAGCAGAUAUGGAAAGUGCACUGGACAUUCCAGCUACAUCACACACCUUGACUGGUCCCCAGACAACAAGCAUAUAAUGUCUAAUUCGGGAGACUAUGAGAUACUGUACUGGGACAUUGAAAACGGCUGCAAACUAAUCAGAAAUCGAUCGGAUUGUAAGGACAUUGAUUGGACAACAUAUACCUGCGUGCUAGGCUUUCAAGUCUUUGGUGUCUGGCCAGAAGGGUCCGAUGGGACAGACAUCAACGCACUGGUGCGAUCCCACAACAGAAAGGUGAUCGCUGUUGCUGAUGACUUUUGUAAAGUCCAUCUGUUUCAGUACCCCUGCUCCAAAGCAAAGGCUCCCAGUCACAAGUACAGUGCCCACAGCAGCCACGUCACCAAUGUCAGCUUUACUCAUAAUGACAGUCACCUGAUUUCAACUGGUGGAAAAGACAUGAGCAUCAUUCAGUGGAAGCUUGUGGAGAAGUUGUCCUUGCCUCAGAAUGAGAUCUCGGCAGAUACUACUUCAGCCAAAGCCCUCACCUCUUCCACCGAAGGCAUCGUCCAGCCUGACACUCACGCGCCAGCCCCUUCCCAGUCCUUAAAUGAGACCGCUGAAGACCACAGUAGAAGCAGCAGUCCUCCCACGCUCCUGGAGAACAGCCUGGAGCAGACGGCGGCAGCCCAUGAAGAGCACGGAGAGGAGCAGAGUGAGGGUGGAAGCGAAGAGCUCGGGGAGCCUGCCGAUGAGGGGCCGGCCCCCGAGGAGCAGGAGCCGGAGCCGCAGCCGGAGCCGCAGCGGCGGGAGGACCCGCAGCAAGCCGCCCCGCUGCCCUGAGGCCCUGGCUGGAGCGCCGCUCUUCUCCUUCAGCAGCGGGUUCCACGGUGAGGUUCAGAUGAGGGGUCAGCCGCGAUGGAGCAUCGCUGUGGGUGGAGGUGGUGUUUCCCACGUGGUCCCUGCUUCAGUAUCCUUCAGUCUUUCAGAUACAGCCAAGCUUGGCUUGGUAUAUGUUGAAAAUUAACCAAACUUAGCAGUAGAAGACUGAAACAUUAAUUCUGUCUCGGAAGUCACUGUGCAUGUAAGUGGAAUGAUGUAAAUACUGGAAACAGAAGCAGCAGUUAUAUUGGUUGAAAUAAACUCCUUGUUACCUGAAUGCAUUUUCUUCAGGAACAGCCAGAGGCAUCGCACACACUGUUACUCAUCUGCUGGCCUAGACGCCACUCCCCUGAUGCAGGCAGGUGCCUGGAGCAGCGGAGCACUCUUAUGCAAUGUCUUCCCACCAAAGUUAAUGGAAAUUUCUUAAUUAAGAAAAACUUCAGUAUUGCCCAGUGCAAUGGUGUUGCCUUCUUAAAUAAUAAUGACUUUUUACACUACCGGUAGAUGUCCAGAUGUGCUUGUUAGUCUACUAUAUAGGUGCUGCCUUUUCUAAGUUAAAACAAGGAACAGUUCUUAAUUUCUGGUGUGCAAAUCUAUUUUAUCUUAGAACUAAGCAUUGGUUUGUUGAAGAGCUUUUAAUGUAUAUUAAACCAUUGAUACUCAGAAAUGUGGGAUUCCUCCGAGGAGCCUUUUACUGCUUAAACAUUUUCUAAUGUUUGGCAUUCGAGUGAAUGGAAGAAAAAAAACCACAUGCCUUUAAAUCUAAGCUGUAAUAAUUACCUAGCUAAUUACCAGAUUCUACUUAGCCGCCUUCAUUAUUUGUUCCCUCAACAGGAGAAAUAUAAACACAGUAUGUUUAAGUGAUUGAAUUGGUGCUUGAAAUCCAUUUGUUUAAUUGUAAUUUUCUUAGAUUAAUUGUAUUGAGGGAUAAGAUUCAGCAAAUUGCAAAUCCUUUUUAACAGAAGUGUGAAUAAUAGUCACAGUAAUUUUUUUAUAAACUGCAUACUUCACAGAUUUACUAUUUGUAUUUUUUUCUGAUGAAGUUGUUAGACGCCUUGCAAAUUUAAUAUGGCUGUCUCUUACUGGGGCAAUGCAUGUAUUUUUCUGCAUUGGAAUUUUUUUUUUUAAGUUCCGUCAAACAACUGUUUUUCUUACAUAUUAUUUCCUACUUUAAGUACUGACAAAUAUGUAUUUCCUAUAUAUUUGUUUAUACUUUGAGUACAAUUUUUUUUUUUACUUUUUAACUUGCUGCAGUGUUUUGAUACAUUUUUUUUUUUUUUUUAGUUUGAUCAUGUUUAGAAACUUUGGGUAAGUUCAGAAGUCUUAAGUAUGCAAGAGUUUACGUGAUUGUGCCAUUCCAAAGUGCGUCAGAACUGUCAUUCCCUUCUAGUAUCUUCUCAGGAGUAAUGCGUAUCAGGUAUUUCAUCAUCAUUUGGUAUAUGGAAACUCCAGUAAGCUCCCAAGAACACUUGCAACGUUUAUAGUCACACAUCGUAUGGAAGGGUGACAGUGUGUGUGAAGGGGCAAGUGGAGACCCUCUGUGUUUGUGUGCAUCUCUAGAUAAGAAGACAUGUGCCACAUCAGAGACACUCAGUAUCCAGCUAUGUGUAUAGGUAUGUGUCUGUGUAUAUCUCUUUCCUUUUGUUUACAACUUUUUUUAAAAAACCUCAAUGUAGUUCUCUUCAAAAGAAGAUAGGUUCCAAGCAUCCUGACUUUUCCCAGUCUGUCCUGUACAUAGUUAGCAGAGAGCACCAGUGAGGAUCAGGCGCACACAGCCACCUGUUAGCGGCGGUGCUGAACCAUUGGGUCAGCAUGUGCUGCUCCCUGCAAGCCAGAUACUACAUGAGCAAGCAAGUCUAGGAGCAGAAGGUGUGUUCUUUUAAGUACCUGGAAGAUGCAGCUCUCCUGGAUAAGCAGGGAGUUGGAGGACAUCAGUCACCUUUGGGGUUGCCAUGUACAUGAGAUUUAUCAUCGUGAUACUCUUGGGUGGUAGUUUCCAAAGACACUACUAAUACGCAGAAAGCGUUCCAGCUGUCUAAUGCUGGCAACUACUGUUUAAUGGUCAGUUAAAUCUGUGAUAAUGGUUGGAAGUGGGUGGGAUUAUGAAAUUAUAGAUGUUUUUAGGAAAACUUGUGAAUGAAAAUGAAUCCAAGUGUUUCAUGUGAAGAUGUUGAGCCAUUUCUAUCAUGCAUUCCUGUGUCAUGGCAGAAAAUUUUGAAGAUUAAAUAAAAUAAUCAAAAUAUUUUGUCUCUUUAAA